AUGGCAGCAGCAAACGGCAAGCGUCCCAACUUCUUGGUCAUCGUCGCAGACGAUCUGGGCUUCAGCGACUGUGGCUGCUUCGGCUCAGAGAUCUCGACCCCCGCCAUCGAUGCUCUGGCCGCCGAGUCCAAUGCGCUGCGGUACACCAACUACCAUGUCGCUGCAGCAUGCUCGCCGACGCGGUCGAUGCUCAUGACCGGCACUGACCACCACAUCGCCGGUCUCGGCCAGCUCCAUGAGCUCACGCGCGCGUCCCCCGCGCACGCCGGCAAGCCCGGCCACGAAGGCUACCUGAACGAGCGGGUUGUCGCCCUACCCGAACUCUUGUCUGACGGUGGCUACUACACGUGCAUGUCGGGCAAAUGGCAUCUAGGCCUCAAGCCCGAGCACCACCCCAUCAACCGCGGCUUCAAGAAGUCGUUUGCGCUGCUGCCCGGCUGCGCGAACCACUACGCGUACGAGCCCGAGUACAAGGAUCCCAACACGGAGCCCGGCAAGUUCUUCGAGACCGCAACGCGCGCACUGCACGCCGAGGACGACCGCUUCCUGGGACGCCUGCCGGAGGGCUUCUACAGCAGCGAUGCGUACGCAGACAAGAUGAUCAAGUAUCUCCAGGAGCGAACAGAGGACGAGAAGAAGCAGCCCUUCUUCGCGUACCUGCCGUUCAGUGCGCCGCACUGGCCCCUGCAAGCGCCCAAGGAGAACUGCGAUAAAUAUAGGGGUUUCUAUGAUGACGGACCGGAAGCCCUGAGGCAGAAGCGGUUGGCAAGACUAAAGGAGCUGGGAAUGGUCGACGCUAACGUCGAUGCCCAUCCCAUCGUCAUCACGGACGGUAAACCGGAGAACUGGGACGAGCUUCCCCAGAAUGUGCGUCAAGCUUCUAGCCGUGCCAUGGAGGUCUAUGCCGGCAUGGUCGACCGAAUGGACUGGAAUAUCGGCCGUGUCGUCGAGUACCUCAAGUCCAUUGGCGAAUACGACAACACCUUCGUCUUGUUUAUGUCUGAUAAUGGUGCCGAAGGUGCUAGUUACGAGGCCGUCCCCCUUGUUGGCGACAAUAUCAUGGCGCACGUCGAAAAGUACUACGAUAACAGCUUGGAAAAUAUCGGUCGAGGGAACAGCUUCGUCUGGUACGGCUGCAGAUGGGCACAGGCCGCCACUGCUCCCUCGCGGCUCUUCAAGAUGCACUCUACCGAGGGAGGCUGCAGGGUACCGCUUGUCGUCAAGCCCCCUGUCAGCAUUGUCGCAUCCAAGGGUGCUAAGAGCGGUAUCAUCACCGAUGCCUUCUGUACUGUCAUGGACAUUGUGCCCACUUUCCUGGACCUUGCUGGUCUCACUCACCCAGCCGAGUACAAAGGACGGCCCAUCGCACCCCUUCGUGGCCGAAGUUGGGUCAAAUUCCUUUCGCUGAUGAACGCUCCCGCAACAACCGGCACUGCAGAUACCGCUCACGAUAUUCAUGGCCAGGACUACGUCAUGGGAUUCGAGAUCGCCGGCUCUGGCGCACUUCGCCGCGGCGACUGGAAGAUCACCUUUGUGCCCGCACCCAGGGGCCCUCAGAAGUGGGAGCUGUUCAACAUCCGGAACGAUCCCGGUGAAGUGCACGACCUGGCCACAGAGAAGCCUGAGCUUCUAAAGGAGAUGCUACUGCUGUGGGAAGAGUACAAGGGUGAUGUUGGAUCAGUUGGUGUGGCGGGCGAGUAUCCUACGGUGACACAGGGCAGAGUCAGUGUCUUUGACGAGAUGGAUGACCCCUAUGCGUGGAUCAAGUACAUUGGAAAGCCGGAGAUAACACCAGAGAGGCUCAAGACAGUAGUACCACAAGUGGCGGCGGCGUAG